UAGAAAUAAAUAGAAUUCCCAUAAACAAUGGAAAAGUGGCGCAAUAAGGUGGCUGUAGUGACGGGAGCCAGUGCGGGCAUUGGAGCGGCCUGCUGUAUAGCACUGGUUGAAAAUGGCAUGAAUGUUGUGGGUCUGGCCAGACGCCAAGAACGAAUCGAACAAUUACGUGAUACAUGGCCGGGUGAGAAAGAAAAACAACAACGUUUGCAUGCCCUCAAAUGUGAUGUACGCAAUGAAGUUGAAGUAGUUGAGACAUUCGAAAAGAUUGUCCAAGAAUAUGGUGCCAUAGCGGUGCUAAUAAAUAAUGCUGGCAUUGUACGUGAUACACAGCUGAUCAAAGAGAAUAAUACGCAAGACUUACGUGAUACCAUGGAUACAAAUGUCAUGGGUGUGGUAUAUUGCACGAGAGAGGCAUUCAAGACCAUGUCCAAGAAUGAGAACAGUCAGGGUCAUGUGAUAUUAAUAAAUAGUGUGGGAGGCCAUAGUGUGGUGAGUUUUCCGGGCCUGUCCUUAAAUUUAUAUGCCGCCUCAAAAUAUGCCCUAACAGCCAUGACAGAAGUCUAUAGGAAUGAGUUUCUAAUGAAUAAUACGAAAAUCAAAAUAACCAGUAUUAGUCCGGGUUUAGUGAAAUCAGAAUUGUUUCCUGAAAGAGCGGAGAUACUUUUAAAAGAUGCACCAAUACUGGAAUCUUCUGAUGUGGCAGAUGCUGUAGUUUAUUGUCUACAAACUCCACCUCAUGUGCAGGUAAAGUGUUUCCAUAUUGGUUAA